CUAGGGCACAGCGUGAAGCUUGGCCCUGGCACAUGGAUGGCGCAGCUGCAGAGUCCUACUGCCCUGGCACUGGGGAUAGACCCACUUGGCCUGCCUAGUGAUAUCACCCCUUUGCUAAAGGAUCCUAUAGCCUUCAGGACUGUGAUUGAUAUUUUGGAACAUCGUGUGAGGACACACUAUCCACAGAUCGACUUCAUUGCGGGUCUGGAUUCUCGUGGUUUCCUCUUUGGCCCAGUUCUGGCACAGAGACUAGGGAUUGGCUGUGUGUUAAUACGAAAAAAGGGGAAGCUUCCGGGUCCCACAGAAUCCGUCUCAUACACUCUUGAAUAUGGCCAGGCUGAACUUGAAAUCCAGAGCGAUGCCUUGGAACCGGGAGAGAAAGUGGUCCUCGUUGAUGACCUGCUUGCGACUGGAGGUACCAUGUGUGCAGCCUGUGAGCUGAUGAAGAAGCUGAAGGCUGAUGUCCUAGAAUGCGUGGUGGUCAUAGAGUUAAAAUCUCUGAAAGGGGCAGAAAAACUGAAACCCUUACCAGUCUACUCUCUGCUGCAAUAUGACUAAUGAGCUUCAGAUCAGAGAAGGUUGCUAUGGUCUGAUUGAGGCUGCCUUCUGAAGAUCUGCUGCUGUUUCUUAUCUUGAUCAAUUGUUUGAAGGCAACAAGCACAAUUAACUAUUUUUGGGUGAGAGGAAUGGGAGCUGUGGAUAAUACGUUCCUAUGUGUUUUAUUCCAUUAUUUCCUUGAGAGACGAUAAUACUAACCUUGACUUCAGUUUAGGUAUUGAACAAGUGCUAUAUCAUAACUACUCCUGUUUAUUUUCCAAGUCAAAGAUUAAAACUUCCUUUUAGAGAGAUCAAUGUGUAAAUGGUGCUGCUAAGGGCAGUAGUGAACUAGAUGGAGAACUGAGGUGAUGCCUUUUGUGGGACCCAUGUACUGGCUUUUGUUUUCAGCCAAAAAUAGUCAGUACCAUGCUGAGACUUUGUAAUAGGCUCAUUAGAAAUACCAGAGAUGGAAAUGAAUUAUUAUAAAACAGUUCAACAUUGUAUCUGGCUUCAGAAGAUUGGAUGCAGUGUUCUCUGCUUUCCUUUGGGACGCUGUGUGUGUUUGUGUUCCU